CAACUCCAUAAUUUCAACGAAUAAAAAAUGGAGCAAAAAUACGCCGUCGUCGUAUUUAAAGAGUGUAAAGAUAAUCAAGACAUAGAGACUGUGGAGGCCAUUCCAGUUUCAUGGAUAUCUAAUGGUUCCAUUUUAUGGCCGAACAAUUAUGGACAUAAAGUUUUAAAAAAAGCAAUCAAACGUUGUGAAUCGCCCAAGGAAGACUGGACACAAUAUCAAGGAAGAGUUCUUGGACAAUAUGGGACUUUGCAAGAAGCUAGACAGGAGUCCAAAGUUGCAGAGGGAACAUCUGAUUUAUCCAGCGCCAAACGCCGUGUCGUGAAGAAGAAUGUUGGACCCGUUACUCAGCUACCAAACCCUCCGCGACAUCAAAUUGAAGAAAUGGCUUCAACUUCUCAAACUAUUUACACAAUUCAAGAGUUGCUGGCUGCUGGUGUCGAUACGGGAAGGAAUCAAGAGGGGGACCACUUUGCAGGAAAUGAGGGCGACGACUUUGGAGGAAUGGAGCGUGGCGAAAUAAUCCUGAAUAAUGCAAUGAGCCAGGCUCCCCCGCAAAGGGUAGAAGAAAUGAAUAGAACCGUUGGCGAUCAAGGAUUACUCCCUGAAAUUCUAAAGAAAAUAGAAAGAAUAACUAUUGUACUCGAUCGCCAACAAGAUCAACUGGAUGAAAUUGUGCAGAUUUUAAAGAAUAAUCAGUAUAAUCAACCGCUCGCUUCCAGUCAGCAAACUUUCUCCUUUCCUUUCGGAUUAUUUCCACUUCGGGAUUCUGCAGCUCUUUCGUCACUGGAUGAGCAAUUAAAAAAUGAUGAGGCUGCCAAAAAUGCAUUGAUUCGUAAGCUGAAAGAUUGCGGGGGUGCAACUUUGUUAGAAGCCGUUAAAGGGAUGAUGUCCUUUUUAAUGACGGAUGAACUUUGUUCACUCUAUAGUCACAAAGGGAAGCGGGGAAAAUUGUCGCUGGCCGAUCAUGCUCUUCUUGUGAAUUCGAUUUUUGAUGCACUGAUGAGAAAUCCACGGACAUCUGGAGAAGCAACCUUGAUUAAGUAUUAUGAAGUGCUUCCGACUGUUUUGAAGCAAGCCCAUGAUCGAGUUAGACAAAGGAGAAAUGUAGCUGCUCAACCUGGCAAUCCUGAGUGAAGAUAAAAUUAUAAAUUAUAUCAUUAACUUAUUAAUUUUUUGAUACAAAUUGUAUUGGUAGUUAUUUGUUGUAAAAUAAAUUAAGACACAAACAAUGCAAUGUAUUUUGUAUGCUACUUUUUUAAUCCCAAUGAAAUCGCAUAAAAUUCGAGAGGAAUUCGAUAUUCAGGCAAAUACGAAAUCUCGUCGAUUAAUGCUGGAAAUCGUGUCGCCAAUAUCUCCGAAUAAUCGAGAGGAUUUCCUUAGGUCUCGCUGGACAUUUAACUGUAAAUUCGAGAUCUUUUCGAGCUACCCUCGCUUAGAAUCGAGAGGCUUUUUUAUCUCGAAAUCGUAGGGAAUUCCUAUGCCUUUGCCCGUUGGGUGUAGAUAUUUGAACAUGUAUGCCUGUUAAGUUUGUGAUUAUUUAUAUAUUCACGGAUUUAAUUGAUGGACGAGUUCAAUUUAGCGCUGGGUCAAGUGUUUACAAGAUAAGUAUCACUUAUGAUAUAUAAUACUAUGUUAAACAGAGUGGUGAAAUACUAUACUAACUGUUCUGGAAUAAUACUUAAUUAAAUGUAUUAUGUAUCUCAUCUAAAUAUAGAAUCAUGCACUCUAUUCCCUUUGGUAAAAUAUUGUUAACUUGUGAGAACCUUAUGAAAAGCAAUAUAUGUAGUCGGAAAUGUAAAAAUAUAAUCCAUACAGAACCAUAAAUACGUAGUCAUAUAUUUAGUACGUGAUUUCAUCAAUUUAUUUUUACAGCAAGUUAUAAACUUGCAAGGAUAAUUGUAAAUCUAUAAAUAAACCAAUUCAACAAUAUUAAAGCAGUGUGUACUUGCA